AUGGUGUCAACUACCAUCACUUUCAAACAGGACAACCUGCAACCGCCCGUGUACGUCGCCGGCGCGUUCACGGGCUGGUCGCCGAUCGAGAUGAGCUUCGAAACGACCGAAUCGGACGGCUCUCCCCAAAACGUCUUCUCGUACAAGGCUGACCUCGAGCCCGGCGAUUACCAAUACAAAUUCAAGCUGGGUCCAGGUGAUUGGUGGGUCCUGGAUGAAUCGAGCCCAACAGCAAACGACGCCCAAGGAAACGUCAACAAUGUCGUUUCCGUCCAGGCACAAGUUCCGGGACCCAUUGAACACAUCUCCAAGCCCGUCGCCACUAUUCUCAACACAAAGGACGCUCACAUUAUCGAAGAUGAGCAUGAUCGUCAGCACGAGAACGGCCUUGCAUCCGCGUCCGAAGCUGUUGAGAAUUCAAUAGAGUCGCAAAAUCCGAGAGACGAGGUUACCACCAGCGGAGAAGAUGCCGUAGCCAUCGACGAUAAGCCGACGCACGACGUUGACCACAGCGUGAGGAAAGACUCCAUCCCAGAUUUCGCCCCACCGCCAUACUCGAUCGCCACAAAUGGAACUGUAUCGCCUCCGCCGCCGCCUGUCUCUUCCGCCACUGACACCGUCCCCAACGAGAAACAACCAGCGCGGUCAGUUCCCAAUGGCAAGGAAUCAUCCAUCUCGAGUUUCUUCAAUACGAGAAAUCUCGUGCUGAUCGUCGCAAUUGUCGUGGUACCUGCCGCCGUGUCGCAUUACCUGCGGCGGUAG